GAGGCUCGUAGUUUAUUUUUAGGCCUAUAGUCAGCCACUCCCUAUGUUGGAUUGUUGAUAUCAGUUUUGGAUCCUAGACGUCAGUACAGGAGUCUUGGAUUUGAUGUUGACAUAGAAGUUGAUGUCUUCAAGUCAUUGCCCGUGUCACGAAAUUGUUGGCAUCUUGUUAAUGCUUCUUUUGGUAUUUUGUCGAUUUCGAAGCUAAUCUGGAAAUUAGGAAGUGAUUCGGUAAUUCGGAAGUGAUCUUGCUACUGGAAAUCCACUUCACAAGUUAUUUCAUCCAACAUUGAUAAAGGUAGAGCCACGCACUAUUCAAGUCGAACAAAAAAUGACUGAGAUAUUUAGUAAUGAUGGACAGAAUGGUGUCUUUUGUUUCGCUACUUGGAACGUACGUUCUAUUCAAUGCACAAAAAGUUUCGUAAAUGUUUCAUCUGUUAUAGACAAAAGUAACGCUGAUAUAGUCUGCCUGCAAGAAACAAAAUUUGGGUACAAUAAACCUUUUGAAAUCAAUAACUAUAAGUAUGUUUUGAAACACGAGACACAAAAAAUGCCAUACGGGAUGGGAUUUGCCAUUAGAAAGUCCCUUUGGCUGAAUAUAACUGUAGAUCCAAAUCCAUCUGAAAGAUUGUGCUCACUUUCUUUAAAAACGGCUUGGGGAAACAUACACAUUAUAAAUGUAUACGCCCCUUCAGAGGUAAAAAGAGAAAAGGAAAAAGAAGAAGAACUGAAAAGAGAAAAAGAUGAAUUUUAUCGUCAACUGAAGGAGAAAUUCAUGGUUCUUCCAGACUCCGACUACGUUUUCCUUCUUGGGGAUUUCAACGCGCAAGUUGGAAGAAACCAUUCGUCAUGGUCGACCUGCAUUGGAGAAUUUGGUUUGAGACAAAUGAAUGACAAUGGACAAAGGUUGCUAGAGUUUUGUAGUUGUCACAAAUUGUGUGUCACUAAUACGUACUACGAAGGACCUGACGAAAAUAAAUAUACAUGGAUACACCAUAAUCCAAAAGCUUCAAAUAUUCAAAUAGAUUUGUGUCUUAUUCGUCAUGAGCAUUUGAAAACACUGAUUGAGACUAAAUCAAUACCGAUGGAUAAAAAAGAUCAUUUGAUGGUUACUUGUCACGUCAAUCUGUCAUCACAAAAUGAAAUAAAGCCCUUCUUUUAUGAACCCCUAUUGAACUUUCUAAUUGACCAAUGUCAAUACUUAGACCAUGGAACUAUACUAAUGGAACACCAGCUUCGAGAUUUUAUGAUCAGAGUGCCGUCGCGCAUCUUUUUUCGCGCACCAUACCAAUUUGAAAAAUCGAUGAGGAUGCCAAAGAAGAAAUUUACUCCGAGAGCCACUUGGAUUGACCUUCAUUGAGAGUAAAACUUCCCCACACUAUAUUUUAUUAGAUCUGUAAAAACUUUAUCCAUUUUCUGACUAUCUGAUAAAAUAGAUACAAUUUCCCUGAAUAAUGGAUCGUCACAAAAGAUUUUUUUUUAAGGCCACUUCAUUAAAAUAGGUAUUUCCAGUACUUCCUCAUUUGGGUAUUUUACACAAAAUCUGGAUUUUUUUUAUGUACACUCAUUUUUAUCAUCUGUCCCGCGCAACCAAACCAUCCACUUUUCCCUGUCACCAAUGUUCUUAACAAGAUAUCAAGAGAGAGAGGCUGGUCCAUUAUUUGCGUAGUCCAGCCAGCUUUUUUUUUUUUUGACAACCUUUUUUCGUUCUCUCUCAUGAAGGAUAUGUUUUGAAAAUUAGUCUUACAAAAUACAAUUCCAAACCAACUCAUGCAGUUAUCGUCUUUUCACAGUAUUGAGGAGUCAUCCUUUUUGCUAGCCAGAGUGUUAAUUGGCAAAAGUGAAAAAUUCAUUUUCUUUAAUUUUUUAAAGUAAAUAUUCAUAACUAUAUCUUUUAUAUAAUAAUAUAUUUUUAAAAUAAUAAUCUUUUAUAUAGACAUGCUUUAAUAGAUCUAAUAAAUGAUUAACUCGGACCUACCAAUAUGGGUAUAUAAAUACUUAAAUCUGGGUAUUUAAAAUUUCGAAUGCGAAUUUUUAAAAAACCGGACUUAUAUUGAUCUAGAUCUCUUGUAUAAUAUCUAGAAUAAUAUAGAUCUACAACACCUAGUCCUAGACUAAAGUUAAAGACUAAGGUCUAGAUUUAUUUAACGUUUAAAAAAAAAUCAAUAGAUCUAAUAUAGACAGUCAUGAGAUCCACUCUAUUUUAUCUAGAUCUAGACCAUACAUGAGAUCAAUAAUUGUCAAUAUGAAUAUUUAUAGAUCUAGUCCUAGAUUCUAGAUCUAUCGAUCAUCUAUGAUCUAUAGUCUGUCUAUAGCUAUACUUACUAUUAUAGGCCUACACUUUUACAGUAUAUGAGUAUACUCAUACGAGUCAUACUGGCUAUACUAUAGUAUAGACACUAUAGUUAGUAUAGUUAAUACUUUUUAAUAGUAGAUCUAUAAUCUAUCAAUUCUAUCUAAAUUAUUCUAAAUCUAGACUUCACUUUCACAUCACAUUCAGUCAUUCACACGAUUAUUGAUACAGACAGUGAAUGAAACGAAUGCAGUGGUUAUACUGAUUAUACUUAAAGUGACGAUACUACUUAUAGAUCUACCAGUUGAUAAACAUCAUCAUCAUAGAUAAUAAUCUACAUCUAUAAUCAUAGUGCCCUUUAUUUAGUUAAUUUAGUCAAUAUAGCCAAGUCAAGGUAGUGGAACGUAAACUCGAAGGUUUAAUACAAUAUGUUCUUAACAAGUAGAACCAUGGCAACCAGUUCUGAUGAUGUACCAGAAUGGCUCAAGGAUCAUACUUAUACUACUUCUACUCUCUGGGCAUCCAUUCAAUAUUUAAUUUAUGUUUGGAAAUGCAAGAAAAAGGCAUGCAUUCCUGAAAAGUCAAUGAUUGGUUGCACCUCUUAAAGAUAACUUUCUGUUAUGAGAAAAGAUGAGAUUCUUGGACUCCUGCAUAGCACCACCAGAAAGGAAAAUCCCAUCAUGUUGCAAAAUAAAAGUCUUGGACCAAUUUUAAUUUAAGAUAUAUAUAUUAUGCUGUAAGAUACAUAUUUAUGUAUAUCCUGUCAUUCAGCCAACAGGUUUGGAUUUAGUAUUUCUUUAAAUCUGUGUGAUAUUGUACUUGAAAACUAUUAAUCUGAGCCCCAUUAAAACAAGAGGGAGUGCAGUGGAUGAGUGGUAAGGGAAAUUUUACUUUUUUAAAAUUAAAAUAAGAAUCUAACAAAAGUAAACAUAUAAAAUAUGGUGCAUUCUCCUUAAAACUAAAAUCUGGUGCAAAGGUUUAAAAUGUUGGCAAAAAAAAAGCAACAUCAAUUGAAUAUUCUUAAUUCCCUUUGCAAAACUUACUGAGAAGAACAUGCAUGUUGUUCCCUCAUAAGUUUCUUGACAGAGGAAAUCUUGUUUAUAUUAGAUUUGAAGUAAGCAAAUUAAGAAAAAAAUUAUAAUCAUUAUUUCAAAUGGUUGUAUCUAAACCUUAUGAAUUAUUUUUCAGUUAUAAGUAUAUUGAAAUGAAUGGAUAAUCAUGAAAUUGUUAAAUAAUUGCUGCUAUCAUUCCAUUGACUAAAGAACCAUAAUUUUUUUUAAAAUUAAUUUCAAAAUUAAUUAAUUAAUUAAUUUUCAAGCAGAGUUCACAUAGAUCUUGAGUGAAAUUUUUCUUUUUUUUGACUAAUGCUUCAAUUUUAUUGUAUCAUUAGUUUUUUAUUUUUAUUACCCAGAAUAUUUUAAAAAUGAGUACACUAUUUUCAUGUAAUAAUGUAACUUGGUAUUCACACAUCAAAAUACGCUAUAAUCUUUAGGCCAUAUAGAUUUGUAUAAAUAUAAAUUAACUUGCUUAAAUACAUUAUAAAUGUAUAUUGUUUGUAUAAGAAUAAAGUUUUUCUGUAGACAA